AUGACGUGUAGAUGUCUAAAAUUGAUGUCGGCCGCCAUGUUGACUAGUGUUUUUUGCGACGAGGGUACCAGGAAACGCACAGAGAUGCUAAUUUUGGUUUCUUCUCCAUUGUUGCUUCCAGGGCUCAGCGUUGCUCAACGACAGGACCAGGAAGAUCCGUGCAAAACCAAAUCGAAGGUGGUGGGUGAUGUGUCAUAUUGCGACCGGUACUGGGAGUGUGUCAACAAUCAACCGGAGCUGUACGACUGUCCCAAUGGGCUUGUCUUUGCCGGGAAGCAUCGUGGCGUGACGGAAGGAUGUGACUACCCAUGGCGAUCAGAUUACUGCGAGGGCAAGCAGUUGGCAAACGGACCCAUCUCUACUGAGCACUGCGACUGGCUGUAUGGUAUCUUUGGCCACGAGACAUCCUGCACGCGUUACUGGACCUGCUGGAACGGAACCGCCACCGAGCAGCUCUGCAUUGGCGGUCUGCUGUACAACGAGAAUGCUCACAGCUGUGACUGGCCCGAGAACGUUGACGGAUGUCAGAAGCACCCCCUCUGCAACGAGGAUGCUAAUGGAAACGUACCACUCGGAAAGUCCUGUAACCGUUACUGGCAGUGCCAGGGUGGCUACCCACGGCUCCAGCGGUGUCCAGCUAUGCUUGUGUUCGACCGACGAAGCCUGCGUUGUGUUGUGCCCCCGACCGAGGAUUGCGAUAUUGUGACCACUCCGCUGCCAUUCGAGGGUGAUCUGGAACAGGGAAAGGGUAAUGCCAUUUCGAAUUUGCCACCAGGCGCCAUCCAGGGCAAGCUGAGCGGUGGACGAAACAAAAACUAAACUCGUGAUAAUGACUGCACUGAGGAAAUGUUCGUUAGUUAAGGAUUUCCUCCUCGACAUCAGUCCCUUCGGAGCAGCAGCAACAGCACUAAACUCUAGGAUGUAACCCACAACAACGGCGCAAGAAGAAAAUUAGACGAUCCCAGUGCGGUUGCUGAAAAAGUUCAGAACAUUACUUUAAUCUGACGAUUUAUUCCCCGAAAGUGGUCCGUCCCAUCCAUAACAAACAGCAGAGCGGCGGCAUCUUAGACUCGGGCUAUAAUUUCCGCCCGCAGGAGAGUCUCCGGCAGCAGCAGAAUACCGAAAGAGCGCGCGCAAAUGAAAACUUCAUAAGUUUUGUAUAUAAAUAAUAUUUUUAAUUGAAAAUAAUGUUUAUACUAUUAUAUUAUUUCCCACUCGUUUU